UCGUCUGGCGAGCCUCCUCGGCAGCUCACGGGGGUCUCGCGGAGCCGCGCGGCUAGCGCAGUCAUGACGUUUCUCGAGAGACACAGGCCUGCGAUAGUGGCCGCGGCUGAACGGGAAGACUGCCAGAAAGCCGAUGAUGCCGAAGAUGCGGACGGCCCAGCAGAGGCGGCGCCAGCGGCCGGAGGUGGAGGCGACGUUGGUGGUUCUGGAAAUGCCGAUAACGACGGCAAGGCGGGAGACACCCUGGUGCUGCUGGACACCAUGCUGAUGUCGUCGUACGUGCAGUGCAGCCCCCCGAGACACAGCGCGCUGGUACGUGGUAGAGCGCCGACCUACGAAACCGAGAUAGUUAUGAAGGUUCGCUUGCAGCGGGCGGAGACCGAUGGCGACGAGCAGAGGAGUAUAACACGGUGCGUCGCUCCUUCCUCCUCGUCAUACUCCGGGGGAAGCGGCGGCGGCGGCGGGGGGGGCUGGACCGCGCCGCAGUUCCGUCGGUGGCUUGCCGCCUACCUCCGAGAGCUCCGGCUCUCCUCGGAACCCGCGCAUCGUGCCCUCGUUCCCCGCUCGGUGAAGCCGUUGCUGGAGGCCGACCCCGCCCUCGGCCUGUCCGUCUUCUUGGACGAGAACCGACAAGCAGCCGGCCUGAGCCACCACGGCGGUCUCCUCGCUCAGCGGCGGGUCGGGGGUUCCAGGAGGGCCGGGGGGGCUUCGGCAGACGGGAGACGGGCGGAGGCAAGCCUUGCCCCGCACGACGUGGUGUCGUUCCUGAAGACCAUCACCCCGAGCGAGUCCGGUCGAGCGAACGCAGAAACCUCCGCGGCCGCCACUGCUGCCGCCGCCCAAGCUGAAAAAGAGGGCCAGGCUGUGCCAAUGACGAUCCCUUUCACUAGUGGCAGAGCCCUCGCUGUCGGGUACCUGCAAGUGCUCAUAGACGCCGCUUCGGGUGGUGGUGGGGAAGGCGGGGGGGGUGGGAGGGAGGAGGAAGUUACCUCGGCGCUGCACGACGAGCUUGCGUACUUGCUCAUGGAGGGCCUACUGGUGGAGCAGGGAGCGGCAGCGGAUCGAGGCCAGAGCUCGAGGAGGCUUGGUUCCUCCUCCAAGAAUACCGCGAAGGACAAGAACGGUCUGGCAGCGGCUUACAGACAACGCUUGCAGCUAUUCUUGCAGACGAGCGAGAAGUACAACCCCGCGCGCUUGCUGUCGGUGAUCCCUUCUCACUUUUUGGAGGAGCACGCCUUGCUCCUGUCGAGACUGGGGAGACACGAGGAAGUGUUGCACAUCUACGUCAGACAGCUCAAGAACCGAGAGAUGGCGGAGGCGUACUGCGGACGAAUAUGGGAGAGGUGCGAGAGCGCUGCCAAGGCGAAGAGUGCAGCCAAACAGGGCGCAUCAGCAGGCGAAAGGCACGCCGCAACCGCGACGCCAUCCCCAGAUGAAGAGGUGUACCUUUGUCUCCUGAAGGUGUACCUCCAAGGCCAAAACAAGGCGGGAGGCCACCACCCUGCCCAGAUAAAGGCUGGAUCGCCUUCGAGCCGCAAGGCUUCAGACGACGGCGUCGCUGCUGUCGGAGACGAGGUCGGAGGUCUGGACGAGGCAGUUUCCCUGCUAGAGAGGCAUUUUUCCAGGGUUGAUCCGGUCAAGGUCAUGGCGUUGCUGCCGCCGAGUGUCCCGGUGGCGAAGCUUCUACCUUUUCUCUCGUCGGCGGUCAGGCAUGCGGAGGCAAGGAGGCGGAGCAACCAGGUGACGCACCAGUUGUGCCGAGCAGAUUAUGUCAACGUCAAGUUCGAGCUGAUUCAGCUGCAGGGGCAAGUGAGCAGAGUGCCCGAGCUUUCCCUGGCUUCCUUCCCCCAGCUUGGCACGCUGCUCAGGACUUGUCCUCCCGUCGAGCUCACGGAUCCAACAGCUGACUACGGGGUUGGCUGCAUCAAGCACGUUUUCGAGUCCUUCAUCGUGCUUCAGUUCGACGUGACCAACAGGCUGAGAGACCAGAGGCUUCACAACGUCCUCGUCAAAGUGGAGUGCAGCGACCCGGACCUGUACUCCAUCAAGACCGAGCGACAUUUUCCGGCAUUGCCCCCUCAUGGCUCAGGGUCGUGCUACACCGUGCUCUCGAGGUCGCCGUCUACGAGCGGUGUGGGGAGAGGGAGCGUGGGAGGAAUAGGCGGAGGGCCGUCGGUGUUAUUUAUGUGCGAACUAAGGUUUACGUCUGCCCGCAUCGGUUCCGGAGGAGCGCAAGGGAUCGGGAUGGCAGAGUCGGCGUACGACAAGGGAGGGGGUUUCAUGGAAGAGUACCUGUUGGAAGACUUGGAGCUGUCGCCGGCUGACCUUGGGGAGUGAAGAUGUCGUGCCGAAGCAGAGGGUAUUUUGGUAUCCACGGUCCUGUCUUAUGUGAUGCCGAAUGGUGGAGGUGUGUGUGUUGCGAUGUCGUGCGCAAUGUUUUCAGUCGCAGAAUUCCCCCGGUCGAAUGGCACAUUAGUUUGUGAUGUGCUGCGGCGCGUGCUAUGGGAUGAAGGUUGCAGAAGCGCUGGUUAUGGAGUAGCUCCACCCUCCCUAUCCGUGUCAUGUUGCGUAGUUCUGACACGGGUUUUGUCUGGGGAACAGAGCUUUGCCGCGUGUGGCCUCGGGCUCCGGGCGAGCCAAGGACUUGACGCCUCUGUCUGUGCCCGUGUCCUGCGAACAGUAUUUGGUGGUCUUAGUUCUUGCAGCGCAAUGGAACGAGGCUUGAGAAUAUUUGAGUAUGUGUACAAAAGAGAAUCACGAGAGGCGGACGCGCUAUUUCCACGCAACGAUAACUGUUACUGGUCGAGCAGGGUCAACUGUUUUUGCAACGUUGUCCGGCGCCACGGAUGUCUGUUGGGCUGCGGGGUAUUUUGGAGGUUGCAUGAGGCUAUUAUAGUAACCCACAUUGUUAGUGGUCUCGGGACGUUGCGCACAGUAUAGAGCAGGGCCCCUGACGCCGCGCACAAUAUAGUGCCGUCUCCGCACUUGGCGGGGGUCUGUCUGUUACGAGCGAGUCCACCCGCACUAAACCGGGCACCCGCACCAAAACCAGUACUACUAUCGCGAUCCCUCGACUGCAACCCACAACCGGCGAGACGCGUUUGUGUGUUGUCGUAUCUGCGAAAACCGAUCACUUCGUCUCUUUGGACCCCGGAUGCCACCAGAGAGCGGGAAGAUGUGGCACGUCGGCGGUUG